UUUGUGAAGGAUAGAGGAUAAGCGAAUUGCGUUCCUGACGAAAAAUUAUACUCGAAAGUGUUUGCACAGCGAUUGUUGAAAGUACAAAUGUACCUUUCAAAUGGCGAACGAAGCGGUUUUAUGUUUAAUAUUGGAGACAGUCAAACUAAUGAUGGUAACAAAGGGGACUAUCGCACUCAAAGUUAUGAUGCUGAGGUACAAGGGACUUCACGUGACUUGGCUGUGUAUGGCAAUGACCACUGUCCGAACGCACAAGACAUGCACUACAAUGCAUUGGAAUAUCCUGUAAGUCUUGCGAAUUUUUGGAUACGCAACAAAUAUCUGAAAAUUUCAAAUGAUUACGGUUUCCUUCUUUCAAACUGCAGUGAAUAUCUGUUUGGUUUGAAUGGUCAAUAUGUCGCUCAAGGACAGGAAAAUGAGGACAUUUACAUUGGAGCAAAUAGGGUUAUCUUCACUGGGUUUAAUUAUAGGACCGGUGUAGGACUUUGUUCAAUGAAGUUACGCUGGGUUUCAGGACCAUUUCAGUAAUUCAUAUUGUUUUCUAUAAGGUGUUACUUGAAGCAAUAUAGA